AUGGCACAGGCAAUCGACCUUGAAGCGCCUAAUGGACAGAAAUACAGCCAGCCAACGGGGUUGUUUAUCAACAACGAGUUUGUAGCCGCCCAGAAUGGGAAGACGAUCACUUCGAUAGACCCAGCGUAUGUUGUAUCAUCUCUCUUCUUCCGGCGGCCGAGGACUGAGAGUAGCUGAAAAUCCAAACAGCACAGAAAAGGACAUCGCCACAGUCCAAGCAGCCGGAGAAGAGGACAUUGAUCUCGCCGUCAAAGCCGCCCAUAAAGCGCUCAGAGAUCCCUCAUGGAAACUCCUCCCUCCGACCGACCGGGGAAGGCUCAUGAGUAAAUUGGCCGAUCUGAUCGAGAGCAAGAAGGAACUCUUCGCGACCAUCGACGCCUGGGACAACGGGAAGAGCUACAUGGAAGCCCUGACUGUCGAUCUACCGGAGGCUAUCUCGACCAUCAGAUACUAUGCCGGCUGGGCGGAUAAGACGUUCGGACAGACGAUCAGUACCGCGCCGCAGAAAUUCGCCUAUACCCUUCGGCAGCCGAUCGGGGUCGUGGCACAGAUCAUUCCAUGGAAUUAUCCGCUCUCCAUGGCGACAUGGAAGCUCGGUCCUGCUUUGGCGUGCGGGAAUACAGUCGUGCUCAAAGCGGCAGAGCAAACACCUUUGAGCAUCCUCAUGCUCGGGCAGUUGGUCAAGGAAGCCGGUUUCCCACCUGGAGUCGUCAACUUCGUCAAUGGCUACGGAGCGGAGGCGGGAUCUGCCCUGGUCCAGCAUCCGCUUGUGGACAAAGUGGCUUUCACGGGCUCUACUGGUACCGCGAGACAGAUCAUGAAGAUGGCGAGUGCGACUCUGAAGAACAUAACCCUGGAGACGGGCGGCAAGAGCCCCUUGCUGGUCUUCUCCGACGCAGACCUGGAGCAAGCCGUCAAGUGGGCGCACCUGGGCAUAAUGUAGGUCAGCAGCCAAAGCGUGACUUUCAGAAUCUCCGUAUACAGGAAGCUGACUGAUGCGACCGACGCCGCCGCCAGGUCAAAUCAGGGCCAAAUCUGCACCGCCACAUCUCGCAUUCUGGUCCAGGACGAAGUCUACGAUGGCUUCGUGACGUCCUUGGUGGAGACCGUGAAGGAAGUCAGCAAGGUAGGCGACCAAUGGGACGAGUCGACCUACCAAGGCCCCCAGGUCUCCCGACAACAGUACGAGCGAAUCCUGGCCCAUAUCGAAUCUGGCAAGCAAGAAGGCGCCAAGGUGGUCCUGGGCGGACAGAAGAAAGAAGGCAAAGGCUUCUACAUCGAGCCUACGGUUUUUACUGACGUUGCUGAUGAGAUGCGAAUAUAUCGUGAGGAGGUAAAGCACAACUUUACUCCCCCGGACAAAAAAUUUCUGCAACUUUCACUGACGAAGUCUCUUUCUUUUUUUGUUUUUAGAUCUUCGGCCCCGUGGUCGUCAUCUCGAGAUUCUCCAGCGAAGAAGACGCGAUUCGCAGAGCAAACGACACCACAUACGGUCUCGGAUCUGCCGUCUUCACUCAGAAUCUGGAAAGGGCACAUCGCGUUGCUGCGGAGAUUGAAGCCGGCAUGGUGAGUUGUGAUCCGUACCUUAACAAAGAGCGUGAUGAGUAAAUAUUCUGAUAACAUUUCUCUAGGUGUGGAUCAACAGCAGUAAUGACUGUGACCCGAGGAUACCUUUCGGCGGCGUGAAGCAGAGUGGGAUCGGACGAGAACUCGGCGAGGCGGGUCUGGAGGCGUAUUCGCAGAUUAAAGCGGUGCAUGUCAAUCUGGGCACGAAGCUGUAG